GCUGGAGGAGGUGGGUUUCUCCCAUCUCUGGUGUCCCUUCUGCGGGAUCUGGCGGGGGUCCUGGGGCCUGCCAUCCCCCGGAAUCUGUCCCCUUGAUGUAUUGAUUCCGGUGUGAAGUGACCUAGUAGACCACCAAACCUGGGAAAACAGCUUGUGCUUCAGAACCACAAAGAGAGCCUAAACGUUUAAAGACCCUCCCCAGGGACCUGGAGGAUGAGCUUUCCCAUGGGUGCUGGAGCAGCAGCGUACAAUGAAAAAACAGAGACUGACACGUUCAGAGAAAACUAUAGUUGGAAAAUUCCUAUUACUCACAAUGACUUCAAAAUUUUAAAAAAUAAUGAAAGUCAGCUGAAUGAAGUCCUUCGGCUUAAGUUUAACUGUGUCUCUACCCUGGUCACCCUAACUCUGGAAGGUAACAGAAAGUCUCUGCAGGCCUACAGAAAGAUGCUGAGUCCUGGGCUAGAGUUAUCUGUGUGGAAAGAUGACCUCACCAGACAUGCUGUUGAUGCUGUGGUGAAUGCAGCCAAUGAAGACCUUCUGCAUGGGGGAGGCCUGGCCCUGGCCCUAGUGAAAGCUGGUGGCCCUAAAAUCCAAGAAGAGAGCAGAAAAUUUGUUGCCCAAUAUGGUAGAAUAUCAGCUGGUAACAUAGGUGUCACUGGAGCUGGGAUGCUUCCCUGCAAAAUGAUUAUCCAUGCUGUCGGGCCUCGGUGGUUGUCAACUGAACAUCAGAGAUGCAUUAGUGAGCUGCAAUGUGCCAUUAUGAAUGUACUGAACUAUGUUAUCUUUGGAAAUGUGAGCAUUGAGACAGUAGCAAUUCCAGCCCUGAGCUCCGGAAUUUUCCAGUUCCCUCUGAAUUUGUGCACACGGGUCAUUGUAGAAACAAUCUGGUCUUAUUUCCAAGAAAGGCAAGGAGUCAGUAAAUUGAAAGAAAUUCACCUGGUGAGCAAUGAGGACCCUACUGUUGCUGCCUUUAAAGAUGCUUCAGAAUUACUUUUAGGACCGACAGAGCAGGUCCUCCAGAUGAGUCGAGAAGCCAUCCCUCCUUCCAACAUGAUAGUCAUAAACAACCUAACUCUCCAGGUUCUUCAGGAUCACAUUGAAUGGCAGAAAACAGAUAUGAUUGUUAAUUCUGUAAGCCCAUAUAGUCUUAGAAUUGGACCUGUGUCGAAGUCAAUUCUACAACAUGCAGGACCUGAAAUGGAAUGGGAAUUUGAACAAAAAACUAAAUGGCUUCACGGUUCCCCACCAGUAGUAGUCACAAAAGGAUAUAAGUUGUCCUGCCAGUACAUAUGCCAUGUAAUAUGGCAUACAUCAUAUGCUCCCGAUCAGAUAUUGAAAAAUGCAGUGGGGGAGUGUUUGAAGAAAUGCAUCGAGCUAAACAAAACUUCUAUUUCCUUUCCUGCCCUUGGGACCGGAAACAUUAAUAUGAGGAAAGAUAAAGCAGUGGAGAUUAUGUUUGAAGAAGUUUUAAAAUUUGCCAAAGACUGUGCAGAAAAAAAGCUAAUAGUAAAUUUUGUGAUCUUUCCAGAAGAAAUAGAGACGUAUAAGGUUUUCAUAGCUGAAAUGGAAAAGGCCAAGAAAUGGAGUCUCAGCAAUUAUAGUGUCCUCCCAUCCAGAGAAGAGAGAGGAGAAAACGGUUUUGAAGCUAGUUCUUCUGUCAUCAAUCUAAUGGGAUACAAAAACGAAGAGAUGUGUGAGGCCAAACUGUGGAUUGAAAGGCUACUGACCCUCCGGGACCACCACAUCAUUGAGAAUAAUCAUAUUCUCUACCUCGGGGGAAAAGAACAUGACAUGUUGUCUCAGCUUCAGAAAACCUCAAGUGUCUCCAUCUCAGAGAUUAUCAGUCCAGGAAAGGCACAUUUAGAGAUUAAAGGAGCCCAGCCUGAUCUCAUUGAGGUGGUUCUGAACAUUGAACAAAUGCUAUGUGAGGUUCAGGAGGAAGUAGCAAGAAAAAAGGAGCGAGGCCUUUGGAGCCUGUCAGGACAGUGUACUGAUAAGAAUGAAAUGAAAGAAAGUAUCACAUUUAAGAAAUAUCCAGUACCUUCAACUCAGAAGCUUCAGGAUCAAAAGAAACAGUUUGAAAAAUGUGGUUUGCAUGUUAUGAAGGUGGAGAAGAUAGACAAUGCAGUUCUCAUGGCUGCCUUCCAAAGAAAGAAGAAAAUGAUGGAAGAGCAAUCACAUAAGGCACCUGUGAGCUGCAGAUUAUUCCAGCAAGUCCCACACCAGUUCUGCAAUGGGAUAUGCAAAGUUGGCUUUCAAAGAAUAUACUCAGUGCCCUGCGACCCAAAAUAUGGAGCUGGCAUAUACUUCACCAAGAACCUCAAAAACCUAGCUGACAAGGUCAAGAAAACCUCCACCACAGAUAGGCUGAUCUACGUGUUUGAGGCGGAAGUACUUACAGGCUCCUUCUGUCAGGGUCAGCAGUCAAAUAUUGUCCCCCCACCACUGAAUCCUGGAGCCAUAGAGAAUCAUGACAGUGUGGUUGACAGUGUCUCCAACCCUGAAACCUUUGUUAUUUUCAAUAGCACGCAGGCUAUACCCCAGUAUUUGUGGAUUUGCACCCAGGGUGAUUCUCAAGAUUACUCCUCAGGUCUGAUCACUCUCUCUUCACAAUCACCUUGGGGUCCCAAACUGUCAAGUGGCAGCUCUGUUGACUAACCUCCACAUCACUUUAACAACUGGUAUGGCCUUUCCUUGGGUGAACUAACCAAAUAAUGGCUAUCACUGAUGCAAAAAGUGGUUUGAAUUUGUCAAAUGAGUUACCCAUUUGGACUGACAGUGUUAUUAAGGCAACAGCCACAUAGUAGAACCUUAGUGCCUUCAUCUUUAUAUUUUGGGUUGGGGUGGGCAGAUACCAAUUCUUUCUCUUUGCAGUUAUUCUUUCAUCUUCACUAUAGGUGACAUCAAAAAUGCUUUACAUGUAAUGAAGAGAUUUUUCUAGUAUAUAACCAAAACUUUUAUCUUCUAAAGUGAUGAUAAUGUAAAAUAUUAAGGCAGCAGAAUUAUUUAGAUUUUCCAGAAACCCUUAUGAAGUGCUUUAGAUAUCAGAAUAAAUCAUCUUUGUCUGAG